UUCCCCUGACGGGCAAUGCAAAACAACCCCUUCUUUACUCCUAACCUCCUACCCACCCCCCCCCCCCCUUCUUUCCCUUCCCUUCCCUUCCCUUCCUCUUUCCUCUGCAUUCCGGAAUUUGACUUCUGCCAGGGAAGCGGGUUCGUCAGGAGUGGCAGAUAUGGGGUCUUAUCAAAAGAUUUAGCUGGGUUUUCUAUCAAUUUACAGAGAGUACCAAGAACCACUGGUAUCUAGUUAUCGUAGUCUGGUUUUCUGAUCAGAUUAUUUUAGAAUAAUUUUGGAGGUCCUGCUGAUGGGUGCUCCAAAACAGAAGUGGACAGCAGAAGAAGAAGCGGCCCUUAAAGCUGGAGUAGUAAAGCACGGGGCAGGCAAAUGGCGCACAAUAUUGAAAGACCCAGAAUUCAGCAAUGUCUUGUCGUUGCGUUCAAAUGUGGAUCUCAAGGAUAAAUGGAGAAAUAUGAACGUAACAGCGCAUGGGUAUGGGUCUAGGCACAGGUGUCGGUUAGCAGUCAGAAGGAAUCAACCUGUCCUUAAACAUGAUGAUAACCCCAUGGCUCUCAGCAUGGUAGUUCAGAGUGAUGAAGAAAUUGUGGAUGCUAAGCCUUUAGCAGUUUCUGGUAGAACACUGCAGAUUGUUGGUCCAAAAAGAUCUAUACCAAGGUUGGAAAUUAUUAUAAUGGAAGCAAUAUCCAAUUUGAAGGAGCCUGGUGGUUCUAACAAGACUAAUAUCACAACAUACAUUGAGGAGCAAUAUUUACCACCUCCAAACUUCAAAAGGCAAUUGUCAGAAAAAUUAAAAAAUUUGACAGCAAGUGGAAAAUUGAUUAAGGUAAAACGUAAGUACAGGAUUGCUCCACGCUUGACCUCAGAAGGAAGAAGCUCUAGCUUGCUACUUCUUGAGGGAAGACCAAGGCAUUCUUCCAGAACAGACAAGGAUGAUAUCAAAAUUCUUUCUAGAUCCCAGAUUGAUGCAGAGCUGGCAAAGAUUAGAAAUAUGACUGCACAGGAGGCUGCUGCUUUUGCUGCUCGAGCAGUUGCAGAAGCAGAGGCAGCCAUGGCAGAAGCAGAAGAAGCAGCAAAGGAGGCAGAAGCUGCAGAAGCUGAUGCAGAAGCAGCCCAGGCCUUUGCUGAAGCGGCAAUGUUGACAUUGAAAGGCAGAAACAGUUCAAAUAUGAUGGUCAAUGCAUGACGAAAACGUUACAAAUCGGCUUAUCUGCAUCCAUGGGGAUGAACAUUGGGAUUUUCAUCACUUAGAUCAAUGUCUAUAUGCAUCCAUUUUCAUAUCAGGGCAUGCCUGUACAUAAGGGUAAGAUAUCUCUCUCGGUUGUGAAGUUCAGUUUUUUUCUACACCAAUGAAUCCUGGCUUACUAAAACCUCUUAACUCGGCAUCAACGCUGCAAACAGGUCUUCUUGAUGGUAUGGCAUCUAUGCAAAUGUGUUGUUUUGGUAUAGAGCUAUAUAGGUCCUUGCAUAUGAAAACUGAAAUGCAGUACGAUGUACAGAUCAGAUGGUGAAAAGUAAAUAGAUACCUGAAAAGCUGAAACUGAACUUUUUUUGGUAUCCUCACAUCACUCAUUUGAUGAAUGAGUAGUAAAGCAUAAUUUUGGAUUCCGA